GACGAGUCCUCACAACCUCACUGAAUCCGUUUGCCAUCAGUACGCGUGACCCCUGAACCUGCUGCUGCUCGACUGCGAGUCUGUCUGUCUGUGAGUGUGUGCGUGCGCGCGUGCCAGCCCUCCGCCAUAUUCACUGUUGUCUCGCCUUGAGAACGAGCACACAGAGCGUUCGCGACUAGAACCGAAACUGUGUUUUUACACGCGACUUGGGAACCGUCCGACGGGCAUAACGCGGACCGAAGCGAUGGCGAGGAAAAAGAGCAAGCAGCAGGGCGUCGCGGUCAAGGAUUUAACGUCGGGACAGCAGCAGCAGCAGAGUCUGUCGAAGAAGCCCGGCGAUGCGGGAGCAGCGGCGGCAGGCGGCGGUAACGCUGGCGGUGGAGGAGAUGCAGGAGCGAGCAGGACCAAUCAGUCCAUGCACACCUGCUGUUUGCUGUGCCAUCGGGAAUUUAAGGACUGGGGGGCAGGCCAGGUGAACGGGCUCCCCGGUCACGGCUCCAAACUGGCAGAGGCCGUGCCGGCGCUUUCCCAGGCCCUGCUGAGGGAGGUUCCGGGUCGCAAGCUGGCAGACGCCGUGCCUUCGCUGUCCCAGUCGCUGUUGGGCGAAGUGCCGCUUUGGAUCUGUCAGAGCUGCAGGAAAAGUGUGGAAGAGGAGGAGAGGAGAACUGUUCAAGAGCAGGCCACACAGGUACCACUGUCCCACUCCUCCUCGUGUAAGUCUCAGAACUGUGGUAAUGGUUAUCCAGAGCAUAGCUCAGUGGAUUGGGACCCGAGCUCCUUCCUGUCGGCACGCAAACUUUCCGGCUUGUGGAAUUCUGCUCAUUCGAACGGAGGAUCUCACUGUAACCACAGCACAUCUACGCUUUCACAAGGUGGAACCUUGGGACCAUCUUGCCAUGAGAAAAGAUCUUCUCAUGACGCUCCUGGGAAGGCUGCUAAAACGUUCGGGACCAAAGUCUGUCCCUACAGUCACCCCGCAUCCCAGAAUUCCAGUGCGUCUCCUGGGUCACUUUCUGCUUCAUCUGAUCUAUGUAAGACCAACCCCAAGCACUUCAAGACAAUGUGUCGACGACCAACACCUCCAGGUGAAGCGUUCCACCCAGGCGAUCACCACCAAGCUGCAGACCUCUCCGUGCCGCCCAACAGUCCCACAGGUCUCUCCUCCCAGCAUUCCUCGCUGCUGCCCCCCAAACAAAACUCCAGUCAGCACGUUCACGUCAACUCCCCUGGCACGGGCCUACCGUCACACGCACCCUUUUCCCCCCUGGUACCAAACAUUCACGCUCCCACAGUCAAGCACUCAAAUGGGGCCGACAGUCCGGCUGCCCUUCACAAACCCAGCGCCUGCAAGAAUUCCCACAUUCCUGCUGUAAACACGCAACACGGUAAACUCAGCAACUCGCUCGUAAGCUGCAGUCACCCCUGCAACGGGCACAGUAACGGCAGCUCUGUAGCAUCCCCUAAUGCUGGACAUCUAACGCCCGGGUCAUGCAGGGACCAGGCAUGUAAAGGGCACAAGAUGUCCAAUGGGUCAUUGUGUCACGCCCCGCCCUGUGAGCUUGAAGAUGGAGAUGAUGAGGACAGCAGCUCAGAGCGAAGCUCCUGUGCAUCCUCCUCCACCAAUCAGAAGGACGGGAAAUACUGUGACUGUUGCUACUGCGAAUUCUUCGGCCAUAAUGCGCCGCCAGCCGCACCCACCAGUCGGAACUAUGCUGAGAUUAGGGAGAAGCUUCGGACCAGAUUGACCCGACGUAAAGAGGAGCUUCCUCAGAGACAGGACCUGGACCCGACAGCGCCCAGUGCCAUAGACCAUCGAGAUGUGGACGAGCUUUUGGACUUCAUCAACAGCACAGAACCCAAACCCGUCAACAGUGCCAAGGCUGCCAAACGUGCCAGACACAAACAGAAGAAAAAGGAGAAGGAGAGGGCUCUUCAGGGUGGCGUGGAGGUAGCCAACUGUGAACCUCGCUCCGCAUCGCCUCCCGACCUUUUAGAAGAUUCCACUUCGGACGGAGAAGCCAACAGACUUUUGGAGUGGCCUCAGCUGGAACUGGAGAGGGUCAACAGCUUCCUGACCAGCCGUCUGGAGGAGAUCAAAAACACCAUUAAAGACUCCAUCCGUGCCUCCUUCAGCAUGUACGACCUCAACCUGGACGUCAAUGACUUCCCCAAGAAGGCGGCCACGCUCGAAGGAAACCACCUGCUGUCUCAUCUCAACGGAUCUUCGGAUCUACAGCAGAUAGACUUGGACCUGGCACCGCUCUCGCUGAGGAACUUCAAGAAAGAUCUGGAUAUCGUCAACGGCUGGGAGAAUACCACCACUGCGGCCAAAGACAUUCAGAGGCUUCACACAACGCCCAGUCUGUCCAAGCUCAUCCGUGUCCGCUCCCCGGAAAGAUGCCCGGCAGCGGGUUCGGAGUCCGCUCCACCCAGCCCCGCUUCUACACCUAAACCCAAGGAUGAAAUCCCUGAAACCAAGGCCUCGGCUGGAGCUGGAUCCAAGACUAAGAAAGCUAAGAAACAGCAGAAUCAGAAGCAGCAGGACCAGUUGAUUUCGGAGCAAGUGACGGGUACGAAAAGCACGAGGAAUCCGCCCGAGACGCAGAAAGCGCCUGAAACAAGGGUGGCAGAUGCGGACAAAAGGUCGAAAGGUGGAUUGAAACAGAACCACCAGACACAGCAACAGGCAGACUCACAAAAAACGGGAAAUAAAAGGGCAGAAGAGGGUAAAACGUGCAAGCAGUCAUCCAAUGGAGCCUCAAACGGUCACCAUAACACAGGGUCCAACACACAGAGAUCGAAAAACGACCUCUUGGACACACGGGGUAACAGGUCGGAGCCUGACGUAGACACUAAAACCACAAAUACUCCCAGUGCACAGCAGCAGACACAGCAACCGAAGGGAAAGACUAAAAAUAAAAACAAAAACAAGACGGAGAAAUCGAAAAGCGCAAUUGAUGACGUAUUCCUUCCCAAAGACCUUGACCCGACAGAAAUGGAUGAGAUUGAUCGCGAGGUUGAGUAUUUCAAGAGGUUUUGCCUUGACUCAGCUAAACAAACCCGACAGAAGGUGGCUGUGAACUGGUCCAACUUCAGCCUCAAAAAGACGCCCUCAAAUGCAGCUCAGUAACAGAUGGGUGAUGGUAAAGAGACCCCGCCCCUUCCCUCAGCAAGACUGUACUAAAAACCAGUUUGGCCUUUGGUUACUGUACUUAACACUCAAAGGUUGUUGUCCCUCUCACAGCCAUUUCUGCCUCUAAGCCAUGGGUUUUGAUCACCAUCAUCAAACAUCUUUUCUUUUACCUUGUCGGCGAGGGAUUACACAGCGUCGUGACCUCAGUCCUAAAAUCUGCAUCUUGUUAUCGCAAAACACAUUUGGGUACCGGUCCAGUCCAUCUAUAUGCUUUAUAUGUGGUAUGUUAACUGUUAUUUUACAAUAAAAAAAGUUUUUAUUCACAACAGUGGUGAGAUUUGACCCUGUCAACCCUCUUUUAAACUGCUCAUGUGUGUUUUAAAGGUACUUCUCCACGUAAAGUCAUCCACCUUGCAAAUAUACUGUAGUCUUAGAAUAGAUGCAAAGAAAACAUUUUAUACGAAAUUCAAGUUGCUGUAUUAUGUCUGAUAUUCAUAAUGGAGGUAAAGUCAGCAAAGACUGUUGUGUUUUAGUUUGUAGAACUGUCAAAUGUCUGUGUGAGCUAAACAGAUCUGGAAAUUAUGUUACACCCAUGUCAUUUCACAGCCGACUGUGUAAGGCUGUGCUUAAGUUGCACCUGUGAUGGUUUAGAUGACUGUGCACGUGGAUUUUGUGGUCCGUUAGUGCAAGAACAGUUGCUUGUGAAAAGAAUUUUGGAUGUUUUUAAAAAAAGAUACAACACUAAAAUUGAUUUUUAAGACCUGUAUCCGUUAUCACUUUUCUACAAGAAAACUGAGGAGGUUGUGAUUUUCCUUGCAUGAUGCUUAAAACUGACAAGUAUAGGCUACUACAAAUCUCCCAUGAUUUUUCACUUUGUAUGGAAUGCUGUCGAAGACCGAAAUUCCCUGAUUCCUUGACUGAAGUCUUAUGGUAAUAUCCCUGCCUAUUCUCACAUGUGGUGGUUUGGAUGUAGUUCUGUGCUGUGACCACAUUAUCAAUGCUGUUGUUGUAAGUUUCAGUUUGUACGUUUUCAGCAUCACCCUUGUUUCAGCUGCAUGAUGCUAUCAGACAUCCAGACACUUUUGAGUCAACUGGUGUGUAAAGUUUCAGACCUGUCUUUAUUUUAUCCAUUUCAGUGUCUGUUACGUUGGCUAUUUCUUAUGAUUUUAGGGGCUUAAAAUUUUUACCACAGUGGUACAAGCACUCACACAUUUUUGCCCCUUUAUAACAUUGCUUUGUAUGUCUGCUGCUUUUUUGUAAAUGUGUACCCCUGGAGUUCAGCCCCUUCUGGUUAAAGGCCAAACUAAAAUUGAUAUUUUGUUGCUAAUGAGGGUCUGGGUAGGGUAUGUGAUUGACAACGUACAUUUACUUUGAAGGAUUCAGAUGAAAUGAUGAUCCUUUUUAACCAGUUUGAGCUUUUGUUUUCAUUUUUCUCGACAUCUUUGACUCUAUCCAGGUUAUAUUAAACUAGAAACAUCUUAAACAUUGGAAUGUA